GAGCGUUCAGCCGAAGAAAUAGGCGAUCCAACCCUGGUACGUGACGGAGCGCGUGGUGAUGAAUCGAGCGAGUUGGAUGAUAUGACACUUAUACGUCACGAUACCCCCUCCACACCUACUAAUGAUAUGUAUAAAACAGUAUCUCCAGAAACUUUAACACAGCAGCUGAACUCUGUUCGAUUGGCUGAAGCUCGAACUCCCGGCAAUACCGGCUUUGUAUAUAAUAGACAGCAAGCGAAUGCCAUUGCUGAAGAAGGCAAGCUAUUCUUUUUUCAAAAAUUAUUUUCCUCCUAG